AUGUCUCAAUCACAGCGUGAUCAUGAUUGGAAUGAGCUACCCAUUGAAAUUUGUGGAGAAAUUCUUUCAUUUCUUCCCGUUCUUCCGAAUUUUUUCAUUGCCUCUCGAGUGUGUAAGGCUUGGCAGGAGCAGGUCGAGCGAUUAUUAACAUCUUUUGAUAAGGAGUUGGAUCGAUAUAAUUUUCAUUUACAUUUCGGAUAUGUCAAUGCAUCCAAGUUGGCCUUUCAUGAUUUAUUAAAACUAAUUUUCAAAUGCAGAGGUGUAAAGAAAAUUACACUCUGUAACAUGAUCUUCUCUUCCGAAGUGGCACAUGUCCUUGGAUUGACCAGAGUGGAGCAAUUAACAAUUUUUAAUUGUACAAUUCAAGACACGUAUUUAACGAGUGAUAGAGAAGGCUCGAUCUCACUUCCGUUCAGAUCUAUCACUGAAAAUGAAUGCAUCAGAACUCUGUCCCAGAGCUAUCCCGUUGGUCGUAAAGCUAUUAAGGAUACCAGACUGUUCCAGGACUUUUUAGAAAUUUCAGUUGUAUCAAAAUAUUUUCCGCAUUUGAAAAACAUUUUAUUGAUCAAUACCUUUGGUCAUCUGGUAAUAGACGGUGAGGAUCCUAAAAACCCUCCCCCAAUUACUUUCACGAAGGUGUGCAGUACAAAUGAGCUAUCGAGGGUCAAUUUAGAGAAUGUCGACUUGGCCAAGGUGACCGAAAAACAACCCUCUGACCAAGGUGAUUCCAAGAGUUCAGAGACAACCUCAAGUGGAAUGUCCUAUUUCAAUACUUCUUUCCAACUUAUUUGUUCAAGUUAUUUCUCAGAUAAGGACGUUCUUGCUGCUGUCAUAACUCUGACUUCAGGACAACAGAUCGCCGUUAUGGCACUCCGUUUAUCUUCACAUAAAGAAGUACGGUUAAGAAACAGCAGGUCACAAUGGAAGGAACUACCCGCUAUUUAUUGCAACACUUUCAACCAAUGGUUGGAAGUGCUCAAAAAGUAUCAACUGACCGACUGUUUGGAUCCAAAUAUGCUGAGAGGAACCAGUUUCACAAGAAUCAAGGAAUGUUUCGAGUUUGGAUUGAUAUCUCCUUUUUCAGAGCUUUCAAGGGGAUAUAGUUGCUUGGAACACUUCUUUUUGGAAGAGAUGUUGCGCACUGUUUCAAAGAAGGUCCUCAAAUCCAAUGCCAAGAAUUCAGAGGACCUUAUUGUGACCAAAAAAAAAAGCGAGCAUCCAACACCUGCAAACUACUCAGAAUGGGAACAGCAAGCAUGUGUGAAAGAAUGCAUCUCGGUCAUUGAGUGGAUUCAUACCAAUAAGCCCUCUCUUAUUGACCUGGAUAAUUCAGCUGUCAAAAACGCUUUGAGAGCUUGUAAGAAUAUUGACAAAGAAUGGAAGCAGUGGUUUUCCAAAUCUGUGAAAAAAGUCGCGUCUGCCCCAGAGCAACAGCCUAGUAAUUUUAUUUAUUGGUAUAAUUUCUUACUGAGUGGCAAGAAAUUUGAACCUGCUGUCAACGAUCCAAUUAAGGAGAAGAGAGUAGAGGAAGAUUCAGAAUUCACACAGAAAGCUAAAAAAAAGAAAACAAAAUGA